UCUCCGGAAGUACAGUUAAUUUUUAUUCACAGGGAGAGAAAAAAACACAGCUGUUGUAAAGAAAGAAAACAUCAAAGUGAGUUUAUCAGAAUGCCUGCCUCAAAGAGAGAAUCGUCACCGCCUGAAUCUCAGCCCAAGAUGAGGAAGGUGGAAGAGGAUGGAGAUGAUUUACAAUCCAAAACUGGACCAAGUAGCAAAUCUCCCAACACAGAAACCCAACAAGCUAAGAAAAAAAGAUCUUCUAUGGAAGAUGAAAAUAAUUCAUUAAAACAGAGUUCUCCUUCAAAUGAUUCCAGUCCAACCCCCUCUGACCCACCUCUUAAAAAAGCCAAGCUUCAAACAGCCACAAGUGCCUCCUACGGAGAAGCUCUCUCACCGCAAGCUAACUCCAAAGGUUCCCUGAAGCGUACUGCCUCAGCAGAAUCUGAUGAGGAGCUGAGCAGCGACACGUGUAAGGUGGACUUGUUCAGAGAGCGGGAUGAUGAAGACAAGGCCCGCUGCAUCAAAAAAUAUUCCAACAAAGUCAAAGCUAAACGCAAAGCAGAGGAGGGUACGUCUGAUCCACCGGACACGAGUCACGAUUCAUCACCUGCAUCAUCCGAUUCUGUACAGAUCGAGCACAACUAUGGUAGAAACUCAGAUUCAACAUCUUCUCAAAGCUUAUCAGAUACUGAUCAGCAAGAAACUUCAGUUGAUGAAUCGAAUCUGGUGGUGUCUGAAACAGAAACGGUUGACUUGGCAGCUGAAGAAAUACAACUUUUGGAAUUUGAAAGCCAAGAAAACAAAACAUCUUCAAGAGAAAAUGUACUUUUUUCCUCUUCUCAGGGCGAGGAAACGAUAGAUAAAGUUGGGUCCACUGAAAUCCUAAAGGUCGUAGCUAAUGAAACACUAUCAGCGUCAGAGGAAACACUACGUUCAUUUCCCGAAGAUGUGAAUACUAGCUGUGGAGGUGAAGGUCGCUCUCUAUUGAGCCAUCAGUCUCCUUCUGAAGAAAAUCAGUGCAAUCUAAAAUGUGAAACAACAAAGGGUGAGCAGAAGGAACCCGAAACAAGCGGAGGCCUGAGUUUUGGAAAGGUACACAAAGUGUCAUCGGACGAAACAAAUUCCCCUCCAAUGACGGAAAACUGUAAACAAGAAACCCAGGCUGAUGGAAAAGUAACAAAAGCAGAGCCCUUAACAUCUUUGAAAGAAGAAUCAAAUCCUGAAGAGAGACACCAUAAGGCUCCGGGAACAGACGGUGACUUGUAUGAGAAUUUGAACAAAACACACGAAAACUCUGAGGAAAGACUUAAAGAAAGCAUCAGAGAAAGGGUUGACUUACAGUCUCCUUAUACUGGUGCCAAUUCUGAUCUUCCUGCAGAAGAACAGAAUCAUAGCUUGAUCCGUGACACUCAGUCUUAUUGUCGGGAGAUUUACGAUAAAAAUCAAACAGCGGACCCUUCUGAAAAUAUUAUCGUUCCACUGAAUCACAUAAUUCAAGACAACGUGACCAAAGUAGAAUGUUCAAACGUAGACAAAGAGAUUGUUACGAUCAUUCAAUCUCCUGCUGUACCAAAGAUUCAAGAUAAAGAAGAUUUACCGGCUUCAAAUCCAAGUGUUAUGGGUGAUUUACAAAUCUGGGAAUCUACUGCCAACCCAUCCACAGAUUUUCAAAAGCAGGAAAAUGUUGGAAUCAUGGCAAGCAAAGAGACUGUGAGUGAAGCAGAGAAACAAAAUAUAACAAAAAUACAGAUAGGAAUUACAUCAGAGAUCAUAAAUCCCAGUACUCCAGUGGAAAUGCAAAAGCAGGAAAUCCAUGAGGUCAGGGAACCUCCUACAGUUGUAUCUACACAGAACCGUGAUCAUGUUACAGUUGAUAAAUCUGAAAAGGUGAAUACUGUUGAAUGCUCUGGAAAACUUCAAGGUCAAAGUGAGAUGGAAACACAGCCUGUUGCAGUGUUUAAGUUUUUAGAACAUGAACCGGAAAUACAAGUGCAGGAGAACCAAGUCAGUGAAUCUACCACUGUAGAAAAAGAUCCAACGUCUCCCGAAUGUUUUGCUACAACGGGUGAGACUCUAAUAGAAGUGGACAUUCAGACCUCUAAUAUAUCCAAGAAGGUCUUUGAUAGGACUCUGAUAGAGCAAUCACACAGUCAGAUGAAGCAGCUGGUCAGUGAAUGCACCACUGCCAUAUCUGAUAAAGCUCACAAAGAUCUGGAUAGUGCAAAUAAUGCUACUGAGACUCACAAGGAAGUAAACAAAGAAAAUAAGGUCAUGUCCGAGGGUGUGUCAAAUAUUGCUCCUAUAGAAGAAACCAAAAUCCAGCUGUCUAAUGAACCCAGUGAUAGACCUAACACAGCAAAUAAAGAUCUGGAAAAUGCAAAUGACUCUGCUCAGAGUCAAAUAAAUAUUGAAGAAGCUGCAGACUCCAAGGAUGAGGUCUGUAAUAUUGCAAAAGUCAAAGAAAUGCAAAGCCAGUUGUUCACUGAACCCAUAACUGAGAUACCUGAAGAAGCUUACAGAGGUCAGGAUGGUCCCUGUACUGUUCAGGCUCAAAUCAACAUUAAUGAUCUGUCUGCAGCAACAUCUGAGGAGGUCUCAAGUAUUACUCUUAUAGAAGAAAUGCAAACCCAGGCAAUCAGGGAACCUACUACAAAGAUAGCUGAAGAAAUUAAAAAAGAUUCGGUUAGUCUAAAGUGGGCCCUUCAGACUCAAAUCCAUGUUAAUGUCACACCUGAUGAGGUUUCUAACACUGCAUCUAUUCAAGAAAUGCAAAACCAGAUGGUCAGUGAACCUACCAUUAGUGACAAAGCUAAUAAAAAUCAGGAAAAUACUGGGAUCACUGUAAAUGCUGCUGCUGCUGAGAGUCAAGGAGAAGAAAAUUCAGAGGUUGUAGCUAUUACCGUUACUCAGCUGGUAACACCAACAGACAUUUCCAAUGUCAUACAGACUUCAAUUGAAGUUGAUGUUGCAUCAGAAGAUCUUUGUAACAUGGCACCUGUAGAAGAAAUCCAAACCCAAGUGGUCAGUAAACCCAUGAUUGACAUAACCAAUGAAUAUCAGUUAGUAACUGCAGGAGAGACUGUUUCUUUAUCACCAGAGGUGUUGCAAAGCCAACUGGUAAAUGACCAUGUUAUUGACAUGAUCAACGAGGCGCAGGAAGAUCCAGAGCAUGCAAGUUGUGCUCCUCAGACUCCAAUUGAAAUUGAUGUCACAGAAGAGCUUUCGAACAUGGCACCUGCAGAAGAAAUGCAAACUGAGAUUGUUAGCAAAUCCCCCUUUGAUGUGUCUGAUGAACAUCUGGAAAAUGCACAUUCUAGAAGCAGUGAAGAUGUUGCAUGCUUUUCUGCUCAGACUCAAUUAGAAGCUGCCUCAUCAUCAGAGGGGUUGCAACAGCAACUGAUGAGGGAACCUACCACUGACAUUAGCAGCAAGGUGCAGGAACAUCUGGAAGUUACAAGCUUUGCUUCUCCGACUCUAAUUGAAGUGAAUAAGUCUGAGAAUGUCUCUAACAUUGCACCUGUAGAAGAAAUGCACACUCAGAUGGUUAGUAAGUGCAGUAUUGAAAUACAGGAUGUAGGUCAUACAAAUCUGGAAAACGCUAAUUCUACAACCAGGGACAAUAUAUGUGUUUCUGUUGUUGGUCAAAAACAAGCUGAUGGAGGAAUUAUAGGCACAUCAGUGGAGGUCUCUGUAACUGCAUCUGUAGGACAAAUGCAAACUCAGCUGGCCAUUGAAUCUAACAAUAACAUACCUGAUGAAUACCAGAGGAAUAGUGUUCAAUGUGUUCAUGUUGAUCAGAGUGAACUGCAAGCUGACGGAGAAAUUCCUGCCACGUCACAGAUGCAAUCUAACUAUCCUCCAAUAGACGACACACAAACCCAGCUGGUCAGUAAUAGUAACAUACCCAACAAAACACAGAAAGACCUGGAGAAAGAAAACUGUGCAACUUGGACUCCGAUAGAAGUUGUUGCAGAGUGUAUAGACAUGCAAACACAGCUGGUCAGUGAACCUACCACUGAUAUACCAAAGGAAGUACAGAAAGAUUUUGAAUAUGCAAAUUCUGCAGCUCAGACUCAAGUAGAAGUUGGUCCGACAUUAAAAUUCUCAACUGUUGGAUCUUUUGAGAAAAUGCAAACUCACCUGGUCAGCGAACCCAAUGUUGGCACACCAGAUAAAGGUCAUGACAGCCAUAAAACUUCAAGUCACCAGAGCAGCUUAAAUAUUACAUGUGCUCCUGAUACUGCUCAGAGUCAAGUAGAACCUGAUAAAGAAGUUGUAGCCACAUCCCAGGAGGUCUCUAACUUUCCUCCAAUGGAAGAAAUGGAAACACAUACAGUUACUGAACCUAUUACUGAGAUACCCAGCGAUGCACAGAAGAAUACAAAUGGUGCUGCUCUUCUGGUAGUGGCUGCAGGCUCACCCAAGGAGGUCUGUAACAUUGCCCAUACAGAAGAAAUGCAAAGCCCAAAUGUCGGUGAACCUAAUCCAGACAUAUCAGCUGAACCUCUAGUUGAAAACUACAACAAGGUAAAUGUGGAAAUUGUGACUGUAACACAGGUACAAAUGGAAGUGGACACAGCAGUAACAAAAGGGAGUCUAGUUUCAACCUCUUCACUGCAUAGAAAUAAAGAUCAAACAGAACUUGACAUGGAGACUUCAGAAAAGAGUUUCAAUAUUGGCUGUGUGGUUGAAGCACAUAGGCAGGAAACUCUCAAUGUAAGUAAACAAACAGCAGGAGAUAAUGUUGAUGAAGUUCAUGAUGAUGUGAUGAUUGACAACAAAAGUGUGAACAAAACCAGCUGUAAAGAAUGUGUGACUGUAGAAGAUAAUCCAAUACAAUCUGAAAUGCAAUGCACGUCAGCAUCAGAGGCUUUUAUAGCCACAUCAUUAAUGGAAAUGCAGAAAGUGGAAAGUCGAGAUGAAACUGACGUUUUGAGUACAAACUAUCCAGCUGUGGAAAUGCAAAACCAAAUGAGUCGGGAUGUUGAGAAAACUGCAGAUUCUAUGACUGCAACUGCUGCAGAGAAUAAGAUGGAAACUCACUCUGACUCUGCAGUAAAGAGCUUUGCUUCAUAUUCUACUACUGAAACACAAAUUCACCAGAUCUUUGAUGGAACUCAGUCUGCAAGAGACACAAAUGAGGGUAGUGAAAAAGUGACCAAGGCAAUGGAAGAAUUUGUUGGCGUAGGUGAGAAUAAAAUUGAAAUGGUUAUGAUACAACCUCUUGAGGAAAUUUCUCAACCAACAAUGGUAGUAGAAACAAAAUCUCAGAAGAGCCUUGAUGCAAGUCAACCUACUGAAGACUCAAACAUGAGCAUUGAAAAUGAGAACGAGACUUUCAAAGAACCCAUUGUUAUUGCUGGGAAUCUAAUAGAAAUGCAAACACCCAAGUCUUUGGAGGAGAUUUCUCAACCAACAGCUAACAUACAAACACAAAGCCAGAAAGCUCAACAGGACCUCAGAUUGUCUUUUUCACCAGCUCCUCCUGAAAUACACAACCAGGUGAGCAUUAAAGUAACCGAGCCUGUAGGAGAGGCUAAAGCUGUUGAAAAAUGCACUGCUAUUUUUGAGAACACAAUGGAAAUACAAGCAGUACCUCUUGAAGAGAUUCUUCAACAAACAUCUCAAAGACAAACUGACACUCAGAAAAGUCUUGUGAAUAUAUCUCAAAAGUCCCCAGAAAGUUUUCCCACGAUGGAGAGUGAUGAAAAUGAAAAUCAGAUUUCUGAAGAAUGUGUCACUGUUGCCAAGAGCCCAAAUGAAAUGAAAAUUCAAACAACAAUAAUACAGGAAAUAUGUCAUGGAAACGAUAAAGAGGAUGUCAGAGAAUGCCCUAGAAGUUCUGAUGUUUCAGAAGAGGUAGAAAUGCAGAGGACAGAGGGACAGGAAGAAAUUUCCCAACCAACAUUUACAGAACAAAAACAUAGCCAGAGAGGUCAGGAUGUCACUGAAUUCACUGCAGACACCCAAAUUUCAGCUUCAUUGUUACAACUUGAAACACAGAUCCAGAGGCUUGAUCUUUGUGUGGAAAAUGAUAACCAGGCUACCAGAAAAAGUCAGAGUAUUAUGGAAGUAAAGAAAUCAGAGUUGCCUGAAGGGAUCUCUCACCCGUCAUUUAUGGAAGAAAUCCAAAGCCAGAGAGAUGAGGUCAGCGAACUCCCAGCAGACUCUCAAGCAGAAAAAGCCUCUCCCCCUGCUGGGAGAGCAUUAAACUUUAUCUCUGUUAAUGCUCAAGUUGUCAGACCUUCUGUAACAGACAUGCAUGCAUCAGAAACCUCUGCUGAGAUUUAUUUUGAGAAAUCUGUUGUUCACCAUCAACAGCAAAGAGGCAAGGAGGUUGCCGAAGAAUAUGGAAAUGAAAACGAGGUCACCUCUUUACUUGAGAAUGUUCUAGAGACUGAAACUAAAAUGGAAACGUCUGCAGAGAUGGGCAAGAUUUCUUCUCUCGAAACUGCAGCAGAACACCACAACCAUAUGGCAAAAGAAAUCAACGAACACACCACACACAUAUCGGACAAGGAACCACUUCCUGUUCCUAACUUUGAAGCUACCAGGAAGACAGAGCCUGUUGAGGAUAUAAGAACAACAACCGCAUUAGAAGACAACAUAAGAAGACAACUAAUUGAUGAAAUCAGUGUUGACAGACCUGUUCGUAAUCUUCAAGAAGCUGAUGGGAGCAAAGUAGUUGUGUUGAUUUGUACCCAACAAGAUGAGUAUGGUGGUGUUCAGGCAUCAGAAGAUGAGAUUAGAACAGCUAAUGAAACGGAGGUCCAUUUUAAUGAAAACCAGGUUGUUUAUGAACCGAUUAGUAGUCCAGAGAGCAACAGUGGUCGUGAAAUUUAUACAAAGAUUGAGCUAGGUGGUAGCAUUUCUGUUCUGGACAUACAGAACACAGAAAUCCCCCUGUCUGUGGGUGAUGGAGCAAACUUUUCAGUCAGUGAUGUCAAAUUAGGAAUUGUUCACCCUCAGCAAGAGGACAAAGACGAAAUUACUGUUCCAAACAGCCAGGUUUUGGAGGAAAUGGAGGUUCAAACUACCGGGGAGGUACAAGGUCCCACACAUGCCCAGUUGGAGCAGAAUAACACAACAACAAACAUUGUAAGUGUUGACAUCAGUGCUACAAAUGGACAGUCAGAUGACGCUGCAGGAAAAAGUGAAAGAAGUGCCAUUCCAGAGUGCACUAGUGCAGUAGAGUUUCCCAAGCAGGUACAAAAAAAUGCUAGACUUCAGGACACUGAAACCCACAGUGAAGUCGAGAUAACAGAUGGUGCAUCCGAAGAGUAUGUGAUCUUGGAACCGGUUUUGGAGAAUGAAAUUCACUUGGAUAUCUUGACUCAGGCUGCAGCUGAAUCAGGAUUGUCAAACCCUCCCUUGGAUGGCGGAUUGCUGGAUAAAGAGCCAAAUCAAAGUAUUUUAAAUGGCUCCCAGAAGAUGGGGAUACAUGAAGCAACUGACAAGGUUAAAGAUGAUUCUGAAGCCAGUACAGAGGAAGUUUUACCUCUGGAUGUUUUUCACAGUGUUCAAUAUUCCGAAGACCAUACCUGUGUGGAUGCAGAAAUGUCAAACGCUGAUAUUCAGCCCUCAACUAAAGAUGGCAAUGUAGCAAUAAUGGAGAAUGCUGACUGUAACUUGGAGCUACAAGAAGUACAGAUUCUCCAGGAUAUUGAGAUUGGUCGAGAAAUUGUUGUGGCAGAGGAGGAUGAGGAAGACGAUGAUGCUAAAAUAAUAAAGCCAUCCAAACAAACUUCUGAAGACCCUCCAAAGUCCGAAGAGACGGUAGUAAAUAAAAAUAAAGAUGUAAUUAGCAGUACUUUGAAGGAAAAAGCUGAAGAUGAUAAAAAGCUACCUGAGGUGGAAAAACCUAAAAAACAAGAAAUGAAUACACAAGCAAGAACCAAAGCUCGCCUUGCGGCGUUGGCCGAACAAAAGGCUGCAGAGUCUAAGAGAGCGGCACAACGACAGCAACUGAACCUCCUGGCUCUCUGUCAAGAAAUUGCAGAGGACAUUGCCACAGACAGCAUGUUGUUGAAGAGGAUAGAGGAAGAAAAACAAGCAGCAGUAGCAGCAGCGGCCAAAGCUGAAGCCAGCAAGAGGGAACAACCAGCAGUUACAUCACAAGAUGCAGAGCCAGAUAAUGUUGCUAGUCCUGCUGGACCAGAAGGGAACUCCACUUCGGUGACCCCUGCUCUUGAGUCGUCUGCUGUCCAACCCUCUACAGCAGAGUCGGCUGAACCCAAACCAGCCACAGAGCCUCAGAAAAGACGCUUCUUUAUAUCGCAGAUUUCAGUGCCACUGAAAGCCCAUGAAAAAAAGAAGCUGACCCGAUAUCAGAGACUCAGGCAGGUUGAGCUGCAAAGGGAGAAAAUGUCUUGGGCUCGUGUGAAGAAACUAAAAUCUGAUCAAGCAAAUCAGAUGUUUUCAGACAUUGACUGGCAAGCGCCUUUUUCUGGCGGUUUUUUAAUGAGUCCCAUAGCUACGCUUCCUCCACCAGCGACGAGUCCAUCAAUAACAUCCCCCGCAAGCCCUGCCCCUGCCAAUAAACCUGUUCCACCAAAACCAGAGUCCCCUAAGGCUGAGCCAGCUGCAACGGAACCAACUAAAAUAGAAAAUUCUCAAACUCAGCCCCCUAAACCAGAAACUACCAGAACUGAGCUUUCUAAGAAAGAAACAGCCAAAGUUCAGCCACUAAAAGCUGAAACUACCAAACCGGAACCGCCUAUUGUUGAAGUUCGUAGAAGCACGAGGCAAAGCAGGGCUCAGGCAUCUCAACCUGCUGCAGCCGCCCCAGGGCCUGCUCCGAAAGUGACCCGGUCUGCAGCCAAGAGGACUCUGCCAGCAGUUCCUCCUCCUAUGCCCAAUGGACUUAAAGCUCAAAAACUGAAGCCUGUAGAGUACACGCCGUACAAACCCAGACCCAAGUACUCCCCAGAUGACUUUGAAUUAGAUGAUGACGACAUGUUGCUAGGUGCUCCAAAAAAGGCAAAUCAGCCCACACAACCGCCUCGCCCCGGGAUCCCUGCUCAGCGUCCCACACCUUCAUUAAAACCAACGGAUUCACCACAACUACCUAACCAGGCAAAACUGAAAGUUCAGAGCACACCUGGACAGAUUUCAGCUCAGUCAAAGUCCACCACUGCAGCUCAGCCUCAGAUAAAGCCAACACAAAUCAAGCCUACCGUUCCAACCCCUCAGUCAAAGCCUACAUCUGCAGCUUCUUCAAAACCAGUUUCUUCCAAAACCAACUUGGCUGGAGUUCAGCCCAAGCCCGCCACUACUAUCCUUCCUUUGUCAAAAACAGCUGGUGUAAAUGUAACGCUGCCGAAGCCGUCAGCUCCAACAGAAGAUAAGCCACCUCAAUCGAAGCCUUCAGUGGCUUCAGUGCCUCAGAAACCCGAAAAUCCUCCAACCCAGGAGAAUAAGAAACCCAAGGGUACAUCUGGUUCGUCUUCACCAGUUUCUGCCUCUUCCCUUACACCUGAGGACAGUACCAACAUCUCUGAUGCAACAAAGUGUGAAGAAAUAUCUGCUGAAUCCCUUUCUUGUCCAGCAGUUACUACAACCGUUCUGUCUCCAGGGAGUAACACAGAAUUAGCGUUGACAGAGGAGAAGACAUCAGAGAAGCCCUGCCAGCACGGAGAGGAAAAGCCACAAGAAGCAGCGACUCAUCAAGAGGUCGACAAAGAUGGCACUCAGACGGUAAUUGAUGUGGAACAGAAACAUUUUGGGCCAGAAGCCUGCAGCGUGUGUGGGAUGCUGUACUCUGCUGCCAACCCUGAGGAUGAAUCUCAGCAUUUACUGUUUCACAAUCAGUUCGUCAGUGCUGUCAAAUAUGUGGGGUGGAAAAAAGAGAGAAUCAUGGCAGAAUAUCCUGAUGGCAAGAUCAUCCUCGUCCUCCCUGAUGAUCCCAAAUAUGCCCUGAAGAAGGUGGAGGAGAUCCGGGAGAUGGUGGACAAUGAUCUUGGCUUCCAACAGGUGGAGACAAAGUGUCCCUCUCAGACCAAAACCUUCCUCUUCAUCUCUAUUGACAAGAAAGUCGCUGGAUGUCUCAUAGCAGAGCACAUCCAAGAGGGUUACAGAGUGAUUGAGGAGACUCCUCCUGAGGGCUCAGAGGGCGAGAAGGUGAUGUUUGAACGUCAGAGAGCUUGGUGCUGCUCCACUACGCCGGAGCCGGCCAUCUGUGGCAUCAGUCGCAUCUGGGUGGUCGGCGUGAUGCGGCGCCGGGCUAUCGCCACACGCUUGAUUGAGUGCCUAAGGAACAACUUCAUUUACGGUUCCUACCUGAGCAAAGACGAGAUUGCGUUCUCAGACCCCACGCCCGAUGGAAAACUCUUUGCCACCCAUUACUUUGGCACAUCUCAGUUUUUAGUUUAUAACUUUGUGAGCGGGACCCGCUCGAUCCAGCCCAAAACUGACUCGGUAUGACGGUCUGAUGGAGGAGGCGACGAUGGAUUCAAACAUGAAGUCUUCACAGCAUGACACAAAUUACUCCAAGAAGUCGGUGAUUGAACUAAAACUCAGGAUGACAACUUUAACUCUUCCGGGCAUAGUAUUUAAAAAAAAAACUAUUUUCUUUAGAUUCUUUUUAAGCAAAUGGUUGGUUUUGUUAGAAUACACAUGCAUGAAAUGAGAGCAAUAGAGUUUAAAGAGCAUAUCAUUUCUGUGUUCAGCAAACUGAAACAUCUUUUAAAGCUGAGUGAAGAUGAGUCAGGAUCUCCUGAACGGUGAGGCUGCCAUCGUCUCCAGUUUAUGGGUGUGAAUUGUAGUUUGGAGCAUUCAUCAUGUGUUCCUGUAUAAACCGAGCCAUAUACUGUACACAUUUUAGCUUUUUGCUGUCUUAUUGUUGUUUUUAAGUUUCACCUUUAUUUUUCUUUAUUUUAAAUUUGCUUUGUUGAUGAUUGUUAAUUGUGUUUUAUUUACCUCUUGACCACAUACCCCCUCCCAUCCAGCAUAUGGAUUUUUAUUAAGUUAGUGUAGAGAAUCAUCCUUAUUCUUUAGCGACAAAUUAAAAUUUAUAUCAAAUCAUGUAGAUUUAUGUGUACUAUUACGAGAUUUAUAACGGAAGAUGAGAAAGAUCUUAAACCUGUGUUUUUUUGUUUUUGAUAUUAAGGUCCAGUCUUCACGUGAGGGUUUAGAUCACACUCCGAUUAACAGCAUCAUCUCUUAAUUUCUUCAUCGUUAAAGCGGUCGCCUUUUAGAGAGACAUUUUGUGUAAGAAAAACAAGAAAUUGAUUUAUAUAAACCUCUUAUGUAAAUAUUUAUUUAAAUAAACCAUGUAAAAUAUU